AUGGCAGCUUCCGAGAUGACAGCUUCACUCGUGAUCGACAAGUUGCAACACAGACUCUCCGAGAGAGACAUUCUCUCCUCUGGAUUACCAGAUCAAAUCAAUACGGCCGUUAAUCAUCUCCAGACAAUCUUAACCACCUUGAAGUUACUGCAAUCUGGCACCGACAACGACCAGCAAAGCGGCGACCAUGGAUCUGGCCUCCUAGGUCGAGCUCGAGAUGCUGUGGACUGUGCCGAUAAGUUCCUCCUGGGAGCAUCACGACACUUGAUGUCCCGUAAGGGCCGCCUCAUGAAAAUGUGGGCAUUAGUCCGCUUCAUGUCGCUCAGGAUACGGGUGCGCGCCUCCGGAAGAAAGGAACGCGAUUUCAUCACCAGAGUUCAGAAAUUGUCCACUCACCUGUCCCAAAUGCAAGAUCUGCCUCCUUAUGAUCUGUUUACUCUUGAGGAAAACGCUUCAUCGGGGAAUAUGCAUCGAGGGAACGUACGUUGGAAUGGGAAGGUUGAGUCUGACAUUGUGGGGCGUGAAGAUGAAGAGUGCGAGCUCCUAGCUCGGUUGACCUUGAAAGAUGGCGAUCAGGACGCGUUGAGACUUUGCGUUAUUCCGGUGGUGGGAGAAGAAGCCAUCGGCAAGACGGCUCUCGUGAGGAGUGUGUACAACAGACUCGAGAUAGAUCAUAGCUUCCAAUGCCGCGUCUGGGUUCAUGUUCCCAAAAAAUUCGCCUUGAAAGAUCUCUUGGUGGAGAUACUGAAGCAAACACCUGGACAUGGACGUCCUCAUGAACCUCCUCCUAGACUCAAGGAAUGGAAGCAGAGUCAUCAUCACCACUGGGAUCCUGAAAUCCCAUCAAUUAUAGACCAUUGGGCUUCUCCUCUCGAGUUGCACCAAUUAGAUGCAGACCAGAGCGAGCUCUUGUUGAAGGAAUGCGGCUCCAUUAGUGAAGAUUCGGGGCUCAAAGCAAGUAUUCUGAGCAAGUGCAGUGGCUCUCCUCCUAGGAUUUUGCUGCUCGGAGGACUUGCGGCCGCGAGCGGUCAUUCUUCUCCUGCCAUGGUGGACCAGCUCGCUGAUAAUGCCACGCUUUGCGAUAUCGUGUCCUUGAGCUACCACAAAUUGCCUAACCUGCUCAAGCCCUGUUUGCUUUACUUGUGCCUCUUUCCCAAAGACUCGGACAUCUCGACAAGGAGGCUCUUCCGGCUAUGGCAUGCCGAAGGAUUGGUCCCAGUGCUCAAGUUCACGACCAUGGGGUGCCUCGAAGAAUUGGUUGGUCGAAACUUGGUUCAUGUGCACUACUUCAGAUCCAUUCGGGCCCUAAUCAUGGUGAAGAAUCUAAGCUUGUUAAUGGCUGCUCAUGGAUUGUCAAGCAUCAGGAAGAGUGCUGAGACAGGGGAUCAUUGCCCCGGAAACAUCCAUCUCCGACACAUCCGUUCCUACGUAACCUUCAAAACGCAGAAGCAGGGGACUCGUUCAAGGGAAGUGGAAGAGCUGCUUCGGCCCUUGAUUUCAAAGGGAGUUUGCGGUCUGCUCAGGGUGCUCGAUCUGGAGAGGACUUACAAGCCGUUGCUUCCGGACGAACUUGGCAAUGUACUGCUGAAUUUGAGGUACUUGGGAUUGCGAUGGACGGUCCUUGAUUCAAUCCCUGAAUCAGUUGGGAACAUGUCCUGCCUUGAGACAUUGGAUCUGAAGCACACUAACGUUAGCAAAUUGCCGAGUUCAAUUUGGAAGGUGAAGUCCCUCCAGCACCUGUACAUGAACGAGGUUUGCUUCGAUAAGUCCACCAGUGGUGGUAGCUUGAGCAAUCUCCAAACCUUGUGGGGCUUAUAUAUUGGAUCUGCUAAGAGUCCCAUGCUUGAUGUGCUUAGUAAAUUGACCAGGCUCGAGAAAUUGGGUUUGACGUGUGAUUCUCCAGUGAUGAAGAAAGCAACCGAGUGCAUUUUGAAGCUCACGAAGCUUGAAUGCCUAAAGCUGAGAUCGAGGGAUGUCUUCGGUCAGCCCUCAGAUCUCAACUUGAGUGACAUGAGUGGAGUCGAGCUGAUUUCGGACUUGUACUUGCUCGGGAGCCUCCUAAGCGACACGGCCAGGACGUCCUUGAGGGCUCGCCUCAGCGAGGCGGCUUGGAGCUCCUUCCUCGGAACCUGA